AUGGAAGAUGCUCGCAAGAACGGUAUUGAACCAAGAGAAGCGUUGUUGAAUUUCCACAAACAAUGGUAUAGCUCUAACAUUAUGUCGUUGUGUAUUGUCGGGUCGGAGUCGCUGGACAAAAUGGAAUCGUACCUGGGCACUUUAGGCUUUGAUGCUAUUGAGAAUAAGAAUGUGAAGCCAAAGGAAUGGCUGGAGAGUCCUUAUGGAGAGGAGCAGUUGGGAAGGCGUAUCGAGAUUGUGCCCAUCAAAGACUCGCGUAGUCUAACAAUCCGCUUCCCCAUUCCGGACCUGCAAGAAGAGUACAAAUCAAACCCUGCUCAUUAUAUUUGUGAGUUUUUGCUCACAGUGGUUCUACUAGUGAAUUCCGAGAGUUUCUACGGCCUACAUCAUCCUCAUUUACUUGGACACGAAGGGAAAGGAUCACUGUUGUCAGAACUGAAGCGUUUGGGAUGGGUAAGCUCGCUUUCUGCCGGUGAAUCCACUUUGGCAAAAGGAAUGAGCACAUUCGAUAUUCAUGUUGAUCUCAGUGUUGAUGGCCUUAAUCAUACAGAAGAUAUUGUCAGCUUAGUAUUUAACUAUAUUGGUCUACUAAAACGUACCGGUGCUCUGUCGUGGGUUCAAGAGGAGCUCAGUGAAUUGGGAGAGCUUAAGUUCCGAUUUAAGGACAAGGAAAAUCCGAUGAGUUUGGCUACGAAGCUGGCGUCUGAACUGAAGCAAGUACCUUUCGAAGAUAUUCUAUCGUGGCACUAUUUGUUAACAGAAUUCAAUCCCGAUCGUAUCAUGGAAAUUAUCGAUAUGCUAACUCCUCAGAAUAUGUUUUACAUGGUGAUUGCGAAGAACUUCAGCGGUCAGGAAGGAAAUACAGAAGAGCCAGUCUAUGGGACAGAAAUGAGAAUCAGUGACAUUAGUGAGGGUACGAUGAAUCGAUUCCAAGCAGCUAUAGAGACGGUGCACCCUGCGCUUCAUAUGCCAGAGAAAAACGAGUACAUUCCGACGAAAUUCGAUCAGAAACCUCGAGAAGCAAUGAAGAGGUAG